AUAAAAUAGUACAAAAUAAUUUUUUAUACGUUGAAAAUAAAAUAUUAUAUUAUAUUUAAUUGUUCCCUAUUAUGAAUAAUAAAGCUAUUGAUCAUUUGAUUAAUGAAUAAGGAACAUGUCUUGCCAUUCAUCUGAGUGAAGUUGGCUAACUUGCUUGAAGAAGCGACACUGCACGCAGGUACACAUACAGUGAAUCUGUUGGUUAGGAACGAUAGGAGUGACGACAGGUUUUAACAAUGUCGCUGCCCAUAGUAUUUGUGACGGGAAACGCAAAGAAACUGGAGGAGUUUGUCGCUAUUUUGGGAAAAGAUUUUUCUCGAUUAUUAACGAGUAAGAAGAUCGAUCUACCUGAAUAUCAGGGCGAAGCAGAGGAUAUAUGUCGAGACAAAUGUCGAGCUGCAGCAAACCUAGUGAAGGGCCCAGUGAUCAUUGAAGACACCUGUCUCUGUUUCAAUGCGCUGAAGGGUCUUCCGGGGCCUUACAUUAAAUGGUUCCUUGAAAAACUGGGCCCUGAAGGUCUUCAUCAGAUGCUCUUUGGAUUUGAAGACAAAUCAGCAGAGGCAGUUUGCACGUUUGCUUACUGCUCCGACGAGAACUCUGAGGUUCAAUUAUUUCAAGGUCGAACUCAAGGUACCAUUGUGAGUCCGCGAGGUUCCAGGGAUUUCGGUUGGGAUCCUUGUUUCCAGCCGCUGGGCUACGAUAAGACUUAUGCGGAACUAUCGAAGGAAGAGAAAAACAAAAUUUCUCAUCGCAGCAAGGCAUUAGAAAAACUGAAAGAUUUUUUGCUAAACAAUGAGAAGAAAUGUAAAAAAUAAAUAUAAUUAAAUAUAGUAUAAUAAAAUUACUAUCUGUAAUAAUAUAGUAAUACUCUAACUUAUUUAUAUGAUACGACAUGACGUAAUAAAAUUAUUGACGUUCUUAUGAUCCA